AUAGUUAAAAAUAAACUGUCUGUUUCAUCAGUAUCUUAUAACAAUUACUCAUUAAUCGUUUUCUUACUUAAAUAAGUGAUAACAAUGUCGCAACCUGAGCUUCAUGUUCAAGAAUCAAUUUACUUGAAGCCAUUUCCAAAAUAUGGUAAACCGAAAAUUAUAGGAUAUAUUGGAAUCGAAAAUGUUAAAUAUGCACAAAGAAUUUAUGAGGGAAAAGUAAAUUUUGAUUUAAAUUUAAACCUAGACAAAGCUAAAAGAAAGCCUCCAGACCUUGAUGUAAAACUAACAGAAUUAUUAAAAUUUUUAGUAGAACACAGAGUUAGACUAAAUUUUUCUUUACAUAGUAAAUUAGAUGACGCUCGGUUCUUUUGCUAUCGAGGCCUAUUGACAUGUAUUGCCUGUACUCCAUAUGAGAAUAAAGACCCUUGGAAAAUUGUUGCUAUAUUAUUUCAAGGCAAUAUAUACCUGUGCGCUAGGGACACUGCAGAAAAAAUAUCCCAGAAAAUGUGUAUGUCAGAAAGAGAUAAACAAUUCACCUCUUGGGGUUACAAGUUUGAACAAUAUAUGCUGUCUGAUAAACCGGAUGGUCAACCAAAUCCGAAUUUGCCAGUCGACGAGACUGAGGAAUUUUCUUUAGUAUUUGCAACAAAUUUAAACAGACAUAAAAUUAUCUAUGGUGCUGAGAUGGAUGGAAUAAGAUGUGACAAAAUGCCCGUCUCACCUGUUCCACAAUCAAAUAAUCCUGAAGCUAUUAUACAAUAUUUGUCUUCUAAGGAAUUUAUUGAACUCAAAACAAACAGGCACAUCGAAUUUUCAAGACAGGAGAAAAAUUUUAAGCGAUUUAAGACCAAAAAGUGGUGGUGUCAGUCAUUUCUUGUUGGAGUUGAUAAAAUACUUUGUGGAUGUAGAAAUGAUAAUGGUAUUGUUGAGGAAUUGAAAUUAUACAAAAUCAGUGAUUUGCCCAGAAUAUCAAAGAGGCUGUGGGAUCCAAAUGUUUGUUUCAACUUUUUAGAUACAUUUUUGACUUAUGUUAAAAGAUGUUUUGCUCGAAAAAUUAAACAAAAAUAUGGAGAGGAGUUUAUAAACAAACUGCAAGAAAUACCGCUAAUAAGCUUACUUUUCGAGUGGUAUCCGAAAUCGACAGUCCAUGUGUCAGAUGAUUAUUCUCACGAAGAUGAUCCCAUAUUACAUGAUUGGUUUUUGACUAGUUUUGGAAAAAUAAGUGAUGUACAAAAUAGGUGAUAUUAAUAAUGUUGAUUAAUCUGUUCAUAUUGUUUAAUAAAUGAUCUGGUAUUUUAUUAUAUGCUUAUAUACGUU